AUGGAGAUCUUCUGGUUUAUCAUCCUUCUUUCUCUUUGGGUUUGGAUGCUUUUCAUCAAAUCCCUCAUUUCUGUUCCCCUCCCUCCGGGACCUCUCCAUAUUCCCAUCGUCACCAACAUAACCAACAUCCUUUGGCUUCGAAGAUCACUCUCAGAGCUUGAACAGAUUCUCCGGAAUCUCCAUGCCAAACACGGCCCUAUAUUCACACUCCACUUCUGGUUUGAUCCCAACAUUUUCAUAGUAGAUAGCUCUCUCGCCCACCAAGCCUUAGUUCAAAACGGUGACGUCUUCGCUAACCGCCCCACAACCCUUUCCUACAAAAACGCCACUGCUGACCAACUUAACAUUAGCUCCUCCUCAUACGGCCACACAUGGCGCCUUCUACGCCGCAACCUCGCCUCCGUGAUGCUUCACCCUUCCCGCUCCAACUCCUUUUCCGGCACGCGCAAGCGUGUCUUGCACGACCUUCUGAACCGGUUGAAAACCGACGCUGAAAAGCACCACUCUUUCGUUAAGUUGAGGGAACACGUUCAACAUGCCUUGUUCAGCUUGCUAGUUUUCAUGUGUUUUGGUGAAGCAGUUGUGGAGGACAAAAUCCGAGACAUCAAACACGUACAACGUAGUUUAAUAUUGGGCCUUAACAGAUUCGGCGUACUACAUUUCCUGCCCAAAGUUUUCACUCGCAUGUUGUUCCGGAAACGCUGGCAGGAGUUGUUGGAUAUUCGUAAUGCCCAAAAGAACGCCUUUACCCAGUUGAUAAGAGCAAGAAAAAGUGUUCGUGAUGGAGGUGUAAUUUGUUACGUGGAUACAUUGUUGGAGCUGCGAUUACACGAGGAGGAGAAUCGUGAGCUUGAUGAAGGUGAAGUCGUAGCGUUGUGUUCGGAGUUUCUAACUGCAGGUACGGACACAACUUCAACCGCUUUGGAGUGGGUUAUGGCGAAUUUGGUGAAGCAUGCACACGUGCAGCAGAAGGUUGUGGAGGAAAUAGGAGAGGUGAUUGGAGAUAGAGAAGAGAAGGAAGUGAAAGAUGAAGACUUGAAGAAGUUGGUGUAUGUGAAAGCUGUGGUUUUGGAAGGCUUAAGGCUUCACCCUCCUACUCAUUUUUUGUUGCCACAUGCAGUGACAGAGGAUGUGCUGUUGAACGGGUACAUGGUGCCUAAAAAUGCGAGUGUGAACUUCAUGGUGGCGGAGAUGGGUUGGAAUCCAAGGAUGUGGGAGGAUCCAAUGACGUUCAAGCCUGAGAGGUUUCUUAGCAGUGAAUUUGAGGGAUUUGAUAUUGUUGGAAGGAAAGAGAUAAAGAUGAUGCCUUUUGGAGUUGGAAGAAGGGUCUGCCCUGCCUAUCACUUGGCCAUGCACCAUUUGGAGUACUUUGUGGCUAACUUGGUUUGGAGUUUUGAAUGGAAGGCUUUGCAUGGAGACACGGUUGAUUUGUCAAGGAAACAAGAAUUUACCAUGGUGAUGAAACACCCUUUACAAGCUCAAAUUUAUUCCAGGUUCUAG